GCAGCGGAGUCAAGCAUGUGGUCGGGAGCGGCAGCCGCGGCGGCGGCGGCGCGCGCGGUGUCCCCGCCGCUCCACGCCCCGUCUCUGUCCGGGCGGCGUGGCGCUGGCCGGCCGUCGACGGUGUCGGUGCGCGCGGCCGGCGGGCUGAUGGACUUCGUGGGCGGCGACCUGGUGAAGCCGGACCUGGGGCGGUGGCUGGACGACGUGGAGGAGCACAAGGCGCUGGCCAUCUACCCGCCGCACGAGGGCGGCUACGAGGGCCGCUACCUGAACCGCCUCCGGUACCAGGGGUACUACUUCCUCGACAUGUCCGCGCGCGGCCUCGGCGACCCCGAGUCCACCCUCACCAAGAUCCACCCCGUCUGCCCGCCUAGCCUCGGGAGGCAGCCGGUGGCGAGGUGGUACUUCCCGCCGGAGGUGGACUACAGGCUCAGCCUGCUGCACCCUGACGCCAAAGGGCUCGUCGUCUGGGUCCUCGAAGCCAAGGUUCUGUCCAAGGCUGAGCUGCAGUUCCUGGCUAUGCUACCGGACCUGCGCCCCAAAGUCAGGGUCAUCGCCGAAUGCGGCAACUGGAGAAAAUUUACUUGGAAACCACUGAAGCAAAUAUCAGGCCUCGAGCCUGAUCCGGACGCAGAGGAAUAAGCAACCUUGAUCCGGCAACUAGCUCGUCUCAUCUCUCGCCUUACACUCUGUUUUCAGCUUUGUACUAAGGAGGGCAAGAAAGGAUGUAAAUACGUAUACAGUUGAAGUUUCGGCUCAAAUUCAACACUAGAAUCAUCAAUCAUGUAAAACCUUUGAAACAUACAGAUCCAACAAAUCACACUCCCUCCUUCCAGAGGGAGUACUAUGUUUCGUUUA